AUGGUGUUUAAACGGUUUGUUUCUGGACCUUUAACAAAUCAUAGUACUGAUUAUGAAAAUGAAAACGAAAAAGAUAAAGUUAAUAUGAAGGAUGUUACAUCAAUAGAAAUGGAAGACAGUAACAUAGCUAUCUCUUACGACAAAAAUACAAAAUACUAUGAAAUCAAAUUUGAAAAACAAAAAAAACUUGCUAAAGAUAUUGAGAAUUAUAUAAAAACUGCCAAUUGCCCCUCAUAUGUUAGUAUUCAAUUAAAAAAUUCUGAAAAUGUAAAAAUCCCAUCACUUUUAUUUUCAUAUGCCUCAUGUCUCAUUGAAAGAAUUAUAUCCCAAAAAAAAAGUUUUAUUUAUUUUAUAAAAGCAAAAGAAUUUGGAGAAAAACAAAUGAAGAUGAUUCUUAAUUUUAUUAUGACUGGUGAAUUAAAUUUUUAUUUUAGUGAUUUUACAGAGUUACUCUCAAUUGCCCAUCGUUUUGAAAUGUUUUCAAUAUGUACAAUUUUGGAAACAAGUAUGCUUACUUCACUUAAAUCAAAUAAAUCACUCCUCCCAAUUUUGUUAAAUUUUGCAUCUGAAUACAAAAUUUUAAUUUCUACCAAAACAAGAACACAUCUUUUAGAAAUGGUAAAUCAUUAUUUUAAUGAUUUUGUUAAAUGUCAACAUUAUUUAAAAUUAACACCACAAGCUUUGGUUAUGGUAAUGUCUUCUAAUGUAUUAAAAGUAAUGACGGAAAUGACCAUUUUUAGAAUGGGUAUUAUUUAUAUGUGUAAAAAAGAGAUGUAUGGUUUUGCUGAUUCAAUAUUUAAUUGUAUACGUUUUGAAUUUUGUAAUAAAGAGACAAUCAAAAAAAUGAAAUUAGAAGUAGAAAAACUUAAUAGAAAAUACCUUUCAUAUGUAUUUGAAUCUUUUUAUAAGGAAAUAGAAGACAAAAAUAAAGAAUUUAAUAAUCAAAUAUAUGGUUAUAACUUUCAAAAAAAUUUCAAUAGAUUGUCACCAAGAAAUAUUGAUAUACCUAUCUCAUUGACAGCAUACAACUUCUUAGAAACAACAAUUCAAAAUAUGAUUAAAAGUUUUGAAAUUAAAAAUAAUAACACCAAAGUAUUUAAUAUUGAUAAUUAUGGAAUAAAAAAAAAUAUUGUAAAAAUUAAAUCACCAAAACAAUUUAAUUUAUAUUUAAGUGAACCAAAAUUUUUAAAAAAAAUUAAAAGUAACAAAAUGAAAAAUUUGAAUGAUACAAAAAUUGUAGAAGUUGACAAUUUAAUUUCAAUGAAUCCUUAUCAACAUAUUCAAAAUUUUAAUAAUCGUUUAUUUUCAAGUGAUUCAGUUUAUGAAAUUAAUAAAUUUAAAAAUUAUUUUUAUGAUGGUGAUAAAUGUUCUAAUGUUAUUAUGAAAAAUGUUACAGAAAAUAAUAAUAUUAAGAAUGAUGAAAUUGAAAUAAAUCCAUAUUAUUAUUCUUACAUAGAUAGAGUAAACCGUAAAUAUACUGUUGAUUCAAUUUGUGAUAUCAAUCAACUUAGUUCUUAUUAUGACAUCAAUCAACAACUAAAUUUAGUAGGAAAUUCAAAUUAUAAAAUUAAUCAACCCAAUUUUGCUCCAUCUAAUUUGGAAGAAUAUCUUACUAAUGUUCAUACACCAAAAUAA